AUGCCGUGCGCCGCUGACACCGUCGUCCGCCACCGCUUGCUCCCCGUGCUCUGCUCCCGGCUCCUCGCGAUCGAGUACCUUGAUGUGGCCGAGCAGUGCUUGCAAGCGUUUGAGAAGAUAUCGCUGCGGCAGCCGGCACAGUGCUUGCAGGCAGGCAUGAUAACUGUUGUGCUGGUAUACAUGGACUUUGUCUCUGCAAGUAUUCAGAGGGUUGUUGUCUCAGCUGUUGCAAAUGCCUGCAAGAAGGUCCCCGCAGAUUGCUCCCAGUUUGUGAUGGACUCGGUCCCAAUGCUGUGUAAUCUACUGCAGUCUGAGGAGAAGAUGGUAUUGUUACCCACUAAUUUAACCGAGCUUGCUUGUAUUAGGCAUGUACAUAGUGCUCUGCUAAAGGCAAAGGAGAGGUUGACAAUGCAGACAAGGAGAAGUAGUGUCAUGGAUCUGCAUGGAAGUGUCAUCGAGGGAUGUCUGGUGUCAAGGUUUUCACCAAUUACAGCUGGGUCUGACUGCUAA